CGGAUAAUACUGAUGACAGCAAUCUUUUCUAUAUUCACGGGGAUACCGGUGAAAUUAGGCUUCAGCGGCGUUUAAAUCAUCGACUGAAGCCUCAACAUGUAUUGAAAGUAUUUGCUAAGAAUCCUGAUCAUACUCUAUCAAGAAAUAUGAAAUCUCAACAAACUCAAUCCAAGUCAUCUACAGCUCAGGUUAUUGUCAAUGUGAUUGACACAAAUGAUCACUUUCCACGGAUUCGAAUUUUGUCGCCUACAGGUUCAAAAACUCUUGAAAUAAUAGAAGAAUCUCCGCCUGGUCAAGAUAUUGGCAUUCUAGAUGUUUCAGAUGGUGAUACAGGGAAGAAUGCUGAAGUGAACUGUAACCUUACAAAUCAAACAAUUAUAGGUGUUCUCAGUUUAAUUCCAAUGAAUAAUGAAAUCAUUGGGAAAGAAAUGGCACUUGCCAAUCGAAAGUAUAAGAUAACUCUAGAGAAACGUAUAGACAGAGAAGAAUAUCCCUCUAUAGAAGUUACCAUUUUAUGUCAAGAUUCUGGAAUACCACGUUUAACAAGUACACUAACACAAAGCAUAAAAAUAAUCGAUGUAAAUGAUCAUGAUCCGAUUGCUGAACAAAAUGUAUACAUGAUUGAGGUGACUGAAGAUUCAGAUCCGCAAAGAAGUAAAGAUAACUUUGAAUUGAUCACUAUUCAUGCCACAGAUAAAGAUGAAGGUCAAAAUGCAAAGUUACACUUCGCUUUAGAUGAAGAGACACCUGUUCACCUAUUGAAUGUUGUCACAGUCGACUCGAAUUCAGGUGUAUUGCGGACACUAGGGAAUUUAGAUCGUGAACAGUUGAAUGCAUUUUCUGUGACAGUUGUCUGCGCUGAUCAUGGGGAACCACAAAGAAUGACUAAAGUAUUUAUCAAUGUACGCGUUCUAGACUACAAUGAUAAUUCACCGGCAUUUUCUCAACCGUAUUUUGAAUUUCUCUUGAAGGAAAAUAAUCCCGUCGGUCAGCUGAUAGGUUAUUUUGAAGUCACAGAUAAAGAUAUCGGUGAAAAUGCUGAACUAGAGAUCUAUAUUGAAGAAAAUCUUGAACGAUCACAGGUCCAUCUGACCGCGUUGAACAAUAAUUUGAAACUGUCAAGUGAUGUAAAACAGCUGAGAUUUAACUCGGGUGGUUUAGUCUCUUCGUCAGGGAUAAGGCAAAGAAAAUACACGGAUUAUAGUUCCAAGUUUAAGCUAAGCUAUCAGAAACGUCCCAGGACGAAUAUUUCCUCUUCGGUUAGUGGACCUACACUCUAUGAUAUCCAGUUGUAUGCAGAGUCUAUAAUAGAUCGUGAAAGUUUAUUUCUAAGGGAUGCUGCUGUCUUUCCGCCUGAUAUAUUACCAAAUUACGAACCUUUUGAUUCUAGUACUACUACUACUACAACUACUCAUAAUAAUAAUAAUCUUUAUAAGUAUACUGAACUAUCGAAAGUGUCAAGUCAGACAAACUAUUCUACAAUAACACCAACUAUUUUUUUAUUAAUACGCGCCCAGGAUAAAGGCAUUCCAAAAUUAUCUGAACAUGUAACAAUACGUGUACAUAUUUUAGAUGACAAUGACAAUUCACCUCGGUUUUUAUAUCCUGAUUCGUAUAGUAUCAAUAAAACUAAAGUUUACUUAUCUUAUAAAGAACCAGUUGAUUAUGCUUUUACACAAAUCCAAGCUGUAGAUGAUGACGCUGGUGAAAAUGGUACUAUCAACUACUUCAUUCAUUCUGGUAAUAAUGAAGGCUAUUUCAAAUUAAACAAACAUUCUGGAGUAUUAAGUGUUAACAAAGAGAUAUCCUACUCAGCUAUUGGUGAACAUACACUGAGAAUAGAAGCAAGAGAUGGCGGACAACCAUAUCGUUUUACAAUGGCUGAAUUAAUCAUAGAAAUUGAUCAAUCCGCUUCGAAAGCCUAUCUAAAUAUGGAUGCAUAUAAUUUCAACGGAUUCAGUGGGCUUUUCAACUUUGGUGCUAGCGGAUAUACACUGAAUUUUUAUAUUAUUGUUGGAAUUAUUACAUCGGCUUGUAUUAUAUCAACUGUACUGAUAACUUUCGUCUUUGUUUUUCUACGUAAAAAUAAACAACAGCGUAAUUUUCGACAUGUACCUAUUGCAAUCGAUAGGAAUGGAAAUAGUAAUAAUAUUAAUAAUAAUAAUAACAAUAUUAAUCAUGGGGAAACGAAUAUGACCAAUUCACCUUUAAGUUGGCAAAAAGUGGAUCAGUUGAACAGUUAUGAAUUUGGUACAAUUCCCGGUGGAUACGGAGUUAUCCAACCACUUCCCGAUUGUUUAUCGCAAUUCUCGGCGAAUGGUGGCAAUUCAAGUUUACAGCUGCUAAAUUAUCCAAAUGGCAGUAUCUACUCAUCACCGAAUACUCGAAAUUUUCAUAUGGAUCGAAGAAAUUCCCCGGAUUACUUCACAUAUAUGGAUAAUCGUAAUAAUUAUUCAGUAGAUAAUUGUAAUACUACUACUAAUAAUAAUAACAGUAACAUUAACCGAACUAAUUAUUGUAAUUAUAGUAUUGAUAACAAUAUCAGUAGUAAUGAUACGAAUCAUUAUAAUGAUACACUAGGCAGCAGAAAAAUUAAAAUCUUCAUUCCUCGAUCUCAUCACGACACAAUGAAUGUGAUAUCGACAACACACGAUGAAUCAAUUUGUACAGAUUUUAAAUAUCCUUAUAAAGCAUGUUCAAAUUACUUUGAUACAGAAAUGCAACAGACAGUUAAUCCAAUCCAGUCUUAUCCAGCACGUUUGAAUAAUUGAAUAUGUCAUGAAACUAGGGUGAUUAUUUGUACAGCACAAGAGUAAAGAAUCAUGAGAUAUUCCCCAGAAAUGUCGAAAGGCUUCAUCAUGCAUAACUCCUGGUUACUCCUGAAGAUGCCAUAUCCAUGUAAACUUAAAAGAAACUCGUGGACCAAUAUAUUCGGGAUGAAUAAAACAAGCCUGUUUCCCACAGAACGAUAAAAACAUUUUGACCAUGGACAUUCGGUAUAAAAACUUUCAGUAUAAAGUGAAAAUUCACUGAUUUUGCGCACAUUCAGUUAUAUCCUGAACGAUUUCAAUUCACUCUUUCGUCUCAUGCAUAUUUAUGACUGAUAAACAAAG